AUGGCAGAACAUGGGCCCCUGGAGACAGAGCUUUUCUCUUUAGGGGACUGUGUUGUCAGCAAGUUAAUAGAGGAGGAUACUAACCAAUUGAUUCCCACCAUUCCUGGGGCCAUCCUUACAGACUCCCGUGCAGUAUGCAUCAGAUGUAUUAUUCCAUGUGCGGUCCUUAUCGCCCUCCUGGUCCUUGCUCUCAGCUUCUCUGCUGUGGACGGUCAGUUCCCCAGGGCCUGCACCACUGCCUGGGCUUUAAGGAGUAAAAUCUGCUGCCCCUCAUGGAAGGGCAGCCCCUGUGGAGAACACGCUGGGCGCGGAGAAUGUCCCAUCAAACACAUCAACACCUACAGCCAAGUGUCACAGGCUCUUCAUGGUGACAACUAUGGGGACAACCAAUGCAACGAUGACCGCAUGGACUGGCCUACACGGUAUUAUAAGUAUUAUUGUAGAUGCAAAGGAAAUUAUACCGGAUACAAUUGUGGAGGAUGCAAAUAUGGGCACUAUGGGGAGAAAUGCGAUGUGAAGAAGGUUCGGGUCAGGAAAGAGAUCAGGACACUCAAUGUCACCGAGAGGGAACGGCUCCUCCAGUAUCUGACCUUGUCCAAGUCAACCACCAGCAAAGACUUUGUCAUCCUGGUCACCAGCGACAGGUUUGACCCCAAGGCCUUUCGGUUUCAGGACACCUCCAUUUAUGAUUUGUACGUUUGGAUCCACCACUACUCCAUGAAGCCCAUUGACCUAAACUGUUCCUAUACAUGGAACCGCAAUUUCGCCCACCAGGGACCCGCAUUUCCCACCUGGCACCGCAUGCUGCUCCUCUUCUUGGAGAGACAGAUCCAAGUCUUGACCGGAGAUGAGGACUUUGCUUUUCCGUUUUAUGACUGGAGUCGAGACGAGACUUGCACAAUCUGCUCCGAGGAAUAUUUAGGCAAAAAUGACUAUGAAGGAAAUAUUCUGGAUAAGUCCAUCUUCUCCUCCUGGGGGACGAUCUGCGGUGACAGCGAUUUCCCCAACACUUAUUGCCAAUCGGCCUCCACCGAUACCAACAGGACAAGUCUCCGCAGGAGUCCGGGCACCACUCAGAGCAGCAGCCUGCCCACCCAACAAGACGUCCUGAACGUUGUGAGAUGGAAGGAUUACGACAAUCCCCCGUAUGACAGGACAGCGCUGUACAGCUUCCGCAACGCUAUGGAAGGUUUUCUGGACCCAUCAGACGGGGAGACGUAUGGAUCCUAUGUACACAACAGAGUCCAUAACUACAUGGGGGGGACAAUGGCCGACAUUUCUAUAUCUGCCAAUGACCCCAUGUUCAUUGUGCACCACUGCUUUGUUGACUUUAUAUUUGAGUUAUGGAUCAGACGCCACAAUGGGCGUCCUGAAGACUUUCCGGAGAGUUCUCUCCCAGGACAGCGCCCUCUGGAGUUCAUUGUUCCGUUCUACCCUCAGCUCCAGAACAGGGAUCUUCUCCAGACGUCCUCAGUAUUCGGAUACACCUUCCAGGAGAUACCAGGAUAUGUGUCAUGGAGUCCAGAUCGUCCGUACCAGUAAUGAAGACGAGAGGCUGCGAUGUGGGGAGCGGGAGGCUUCCUAUACAGUGACUCCUCCCACAACAUGGCUGCUUCCUCAUAUGCA